GGCAUACACUCUUCAACUAUUGCAUGGAAGAUAACAAAUUGAGCAGAAGAAGAAGAAUGGAAAAUUUUAAAAAUAUAUUUAAUGACCAAGAAAAAGAAGUAUUCCAGUUAGUAAAACACUGGAAAUUUACAAGAGAAGAAGAAAAGUCUUUAAAAUGUUAUUUAGAUAAUUUUGAGGAAGAAAAUCUUAAGGAACUAUUUGAAAAAAAGGAUAAAUUUGGAUUAGGCAUUAUACAUUAUGCGGCAAAGAAACAAUCUAUAAAACUAUUAAAAAUUUUGAAAUUAAAUGGAGCUGAUUUUUAUGAAAGGGAUACAAAUGGCAAAUUACCUUUUGUACACUUAAUUGAUAGUUAUUCUGCAAGUUGUCAAGAUCCCGGAAAUACAGUUAUUGCAAAUCUUGACAAGUAUGGAUAUCUUGGAUAUUUUUUAACUAAUAGACUUAAAUUAGAAUGGGAAAAAGGAGAUAGAGAUAAAAUCUUAAUAAAAGCGGUAUUAACAACAUGCAGCAAAAAUAUAAUAGAAAGUGUAGUUCAAUUGAUGGAAAACUAUAAAGGUAAAGACGGAUUUUUAAAAUGGUUUUCUGAAAUAAGAGACGAAGGAAGAACAGCAUUAUUUAUUUCAUUAAGCUACCUUCAAGUUGAUGUAUCAGAAUAUCUAUUUUCUUUGAUAAAAAAUCAAAGUGUUGAAUAUAUUAAGAGUAUAAUAACAGAUCAUGAAAAAUCAACACCUUUCCAUAAAACAUUUGAAUAUUUAUCUAAUAGAAGAAUAGCAGAUAUGAUAUAUUUAUUAGAUAUGAUAGCAAGUAACACCGAUAUUGAUUUAUUUAAAAUGAGGAAUUUAAAAAACUUAAAAAUUUAUCAAUUCAAUUUGGAUAGUUGUGAAUGGUUACCGCUUUUACUACACUAUAAUCCAUUUGAUGAUAAUGAUCCUAUAGUGACAAAUUUGGGCAAAUUACACAAUACAUAUCCAAUAAAAAUGUAUUUACAUUUUGUAAAAAGAGCAUUUCCGCAUAGAUUUACUAAGAUCCUUUGUGACUCUAAAGAUAAUCCCAGUUGUGAUAGUUUUCUUCAUAAUGCAAUUUCUUCUCAUAAUCCGAAAAUAAUUAACUAUUUUAUGACAAACGAAUAUGAACUCUUUGAUAAAAUUAUGAAAUCAACAUUCAAAAGAGAUAGAAAAUUCUAUAAUUCACAACUUACAACAGUAUCAUAUAUAUCUCCAAUUGUUCUCUGUGUUACUGAGUGCCAAGAGGAAAUUUUUCAAAUGCUAUUUCCGUUUUAUAGAGAUCAUUUUACAAGAUUUCCAGACUCUUCAAUUCUUUCUCAAGCAAUAGAAAAAGACUUAACUGAAACAGUCAAGCUUAUACUAUCAAGAGAAACCUAUGAGAAAAUGGAAAAUUUUGAAGAAGUUAUUGAUCAUGUAGAUGAUUUUUGCAUGAAAGAAAAUCCAGCUCAUCAAGCUGCUAAAAAAAAAAAUCCGAUUUUUAUGAAACUUUUACUGCAAUAUAACGUGCAAAUUCAAUUGAAAAAUCAAAAUGGUAUGACUCCAAUGUUUAUAGCCAUUGAAAACAAUAAUGUUGAGGUGUGUAAAGCACUAAUUGAGAAAAAAAAACUCAAUUUUAAAACAUCACUUUUGGUUAAUUCAAAUGGAAAUAAUACUUUUGGAAUUGAUAUUGCAAUUAAAAAAGGCCACAAUGAAAUACUAGACUAUAUUCUUAGUACUAUAUUUUAUGAAGAGAAGAGUAAUAUGCCAGAUGAAGAAAAAGAAUUGAUUAAUACAAUUAAAAGUGUUGGAUGGGGUACCAGAGCUGUUCUUGAAACAAUUACCAGAGGAUAUUUAACACUGUUGAAAACUCUAUUGAAGUAUGAUAUUCAUCCCUAUGGAGUAAUUUCCAAAACUGAUAAAAGAAAUGUACUUGAUUAUUUAAUUGAUCAAGGAAUGAAGGAACAAGUCAAAGUUUUACUAGAAUCUGAUAAAUGGUCAAAUUUUUUAAGACAUUGCUCAUUAACAGUUAAAGUAACUUUUCAUUUUAUAAGAAAAACAUAUGUUGAUAGCCCGUUUAAGAAGAUGAUUAAAAAAAUGCCAGAUAUGGCUUUGAUUGCUUUAGAUAAAUGUGUUAUUGAGCCUAAAAAGAAGGAAACUGAAUUAAGGGAAAAAAUCAUAUACAAAGAGUUUAAAGAGGAGGAGGAGGGUUUAAGCGGAAUAAACAUGAUAUUUGAAUUUAUUUACAAGUUAUUAACAAAAGAAAGUUUUAUUUCUUUUAAGAGGCAUGAUAGCAAUGCUGAUGAUGAAUCUGAUGACAAUGAUUAUGAACAAACUAACUACAGAAGACCAUUAUAUUUUGAUAAUUGCAAAUGUAAAAAUCAUCAUUUUAGGCAGGGUUUACCUGCUGAUUUUCAUGGAAAUUUCAAUGACAGUUUUGAUGAUUAUCACUAUUUAGAAUGUUAUAUACCCGAUGAUAAUCAUUAUCAUAAAUUUUAUAAUUUCGAAUUUGUAGCUGAUUCAUUCUAUGAUAAGCAAAUGUUUAGAAUUGCAUCAAGAAGAUUGGAAAAUCCUUUACAAUUAAUGGUACACUUUUAA